AUAAGCAAAACUAUAAAACCCAAAAAUUGGAAGACAAAGUGACAGCAAAAAUGGUGAGAGUGACUAUAGUUCUUCUGCGAGAUGGAGUGGUUGGAAUCAGCAAAACCCUCUCAGAAAUACUGGUAUGCCCUCUCUCCAAACAGCCCUUAAGGGUAUGUGAGAAAUCGAAUUCUCUAAUCAGCGACGCAGUCGGUGUUUCUUAUCCCAUUGUGGAUGGGAUUCCUUGCCUUGUACCUAAUGAUGGGAAGAUAAUUGAAACUGAUGACUCGGCGAAACCUGAUGGCAGUGUUGAUUCAAAUGAUAAGGAAAUGGAACGUCGAGGAGGUAGCUCUUAAGAUCGUGAAUUGAGGAGUAGGAAGAGGUUCUUUUAAAGAAUUUGUGACUGAUUAAUAAAGAGCACAAAAAUUCUGAGCAGUUACCGGAGUUCUUUCGCCACUAUACAAUUAAUUAAAAAGGCAAGUUCUUUUCUACAGUAAGUACAUAAUCCGCGAUAAAACAUAACUUAACAGCGAAUUAUGGCAUACAGAUGCAUGUCUUCAAUGACAAUGAGUGCUUGAGGGCCUACAAGAAUGCAUAUUGUAUAUUUAAAUGCAAGGGAAAGGGAAUUCAACUCUGUCACUAUAUAUAUAUAUAUAUUCUAACAAACUCUAUCUAGCUUUUAUGUAAAAAGUUGAAAAUCUUUUGGAGGGGUUUGAGAU